AUUUUUAUCACAUUAUAGUUUCCGGCAAUUUAAGUUUUAGUCACUUUACAGUAAUAUUAUACUGAGUUAGUUUUUUAUUAGUAAAGUAAUAAUUUCCUAACUAGUAAAUUUCCAAAGAAUAUAAGCCGUUAGCUAAUGGCACUACAAUUUCGCACAACUAGAUUCGGAUUGCUUCGGGUUUGUUUAGGAUUACAUAGGUACCAACAACUUGUUCAAAGCCAUGCUCCAUUAAAAUCAACCAAAAAUAAUGUUUCAUUUAACAUAUUAUAUCAAAAUGUUAGACACUUUGAUACUAAUAAUGAAAAAAUAAUUGAACUAAAUUAUUCUGAUGUUGAGCCAAUUCAAAUUCCAGUUGAAGAUGAACUACUUGAUUUUAGCAAUGAAAUAAAACUUGCAAAUACAGAAGCUGUAAUAAAAUGCAAACGCAAAAAAUUGAAUCAUGAAAGGAAUCAAAAGUAUGAAAAAUUUACAGAAGUACCAUUGGCGUCCAAAGGUUGGAAGGAUAAAAAGUCUAAAGAUGACUUUUUUACAAUUCAUAUUUAUAACAAUGAUUACUCUCCUCAAAGCAGAAAAUCACAAUAUGAUUUUGUAGAAACUGGUCUUGUACCACCAAUUAUUAACAUCUUACAACAGCAUAAAAUCACUGUUCCGUCACAAAUACAAGCUCUUGGAAUACCCGAAGUAUUGAAAGGCAAGAAUACUUUGCUGGCCGCCGAAACUGGUUGUGGUAAAACGUUUGCUUACUUGGCUCCAGUAAUUCAAUCUAUACUCAUGUAUAAAGAGAAAAAAUGUAUAAAAAAUCAAUUUAACAGUCCACUUGCUUUAAUCAUUGUACCCAGUAGAGAGUUAGCUGGGCAAAUUGGAGAGUUUGCUAGUUGGUUUAGCGAAGAAUUACCAUUGAAAAUAAAAGUAAUAACGGGAGGACAUACAAAAAGACAAAUAGUCAAUCCAACUUUUGAGGAGAAUGAUAUUGUAGUUGCUACAUUAGGCGCUCUUAGCAAAUUAACAACUACCGGUAUAUAUUCAAUGCGUUGUGUUCGUCAUAUUGUACUGGAUGAAGCAGACACUCUUUUGGAUGAUAGUUUUAAUGAAUUGCUGACACAUUUUUUAGGAAGAUUCCAUUUUAAAGGUAAAGGAGCUGAUCGCCAUAGUGAUUUAACUCAGUUGAUAUUGGUCAGCGCCACAAUGCCAACUAGUUUGGCUAAUAUUCUAAGCGGGAUAAUGGAUGUGGAUAAUUUAAGUAAAGUUAAAUCAGAUCGGUUACAUGCCAUUCUACCUCAUGUUCAACAAAAAUUUAUAAGAACAAAUAGAGGUGAAAAACCAUCCAAUUUGUUGUUGCUUGCAAAAAAGUUAAAUAAAAGCAAAACUCCAACAAUUGUAUUUUGCUCUACAUCGAGUACUUGUGAUUGGGCGACAAUGUUUUUGAAUGAAAACGGCAUCAAUGCAAUCAAUUUACAUGGUGAUAUGAUGUACAACAUAAGAAUGGGCAAAUUCAAACAAUAUCAAGACGGGAAUGUAAAUUUUUUAGUUUGUACAGAUAUUGGAUCCCGGGGUCUAAAUACAAUUAGAACUAAACAUAUAAUUAAUUAUGACUUUCCACUGUAUGCUGCCGACUAUAUUCAUCGAUGUGGUCGUACUGGACGGCUCAAUACAGGACUUGAUGGUAAAGUAACAAAUUUUAUAAGUGCAGAAAACGAAAUUGAUUUGGUCCAGAAAAUAGAACUAUCUGCACGUAUAAUGAAGUCUAUACCAAAUGUAAAUGCUAAUAUUACAAAAAUAAGAAGAUUCCACAUAUUAAAUAAAUUAGAAGACGCUGCAAAAUGUAUUAAAUAAUUGUAAUUAUAGUUUAAUAAACAUUUUUGUAUCUAUUGUUGAUAA